GAUGCUAAACCCCACCCCCUCUGUGUAGGUGUGUGACCUGUGUUGACCUCAUCGGGCGUUGCCGUGGGCGAUGGCUCUGAUUGAAGGCGUAGGAGACGAGGUGACGCUGCUGUUCGGCUCCCUGCUGCUCCUCGUCGUUCUGCUGCUCGCUUGGAUCUCCACACGCACCUCUGAGCCGCCAGAACACCUGUUCACCUCUGCCACAGGCCCGACCCCUUCACUGAGGACCAGCCCUGCCCACCAGGACACAGCCCCCUCCUCCACCAGCACCUCCUCCUCCUCCUCCUCCUCCAGCUCUGUGACAGAAACUCCUCCCACCAACACCUCCACCCAGGAGGAGAAGGGGGAGGGGCCCGGGAGGGGGGAGGCCGGGGGCGGAGAUGGCGUGAGGAGGAGAGGAGGAGGAGGAGAGUCUUCAUCGUCUCAGAGGAACAUGGUGGUCAGACUCAAGUUUCUGAACGACACGGAGAGAACAGCUCAGGUCAAACCGCAGGACACCAUCGGAUACAUCAAACGGACCUACUUUGCGGGUCAGGAGCAGCAGGUGCGGCUGAUCUAUCAGGGUCAGCUGCUGCAGGAUGACGCUCAGACUCUGGCCUCUCUGAAUUUGGUCCACAAUUGCGUCCUGCACUGUCACAUCUCGCAGCACGCCGGCCGGGCCGCGGGGGGGGGGGCGCGACCAACCGACCAGGUGCAGGUGGCCCUGAACGUGGGCAGUUUGAUGGUGCCGCUGCUGGUCCUCAUGCUGUCAGUACUGUGGUACUGUCAGAUCCAGUACCGGCAGUUCUUCACGGCGCCGGCCACCGCCUCGCUGGUCGGCGUCACCAUCUUCCUCAGCCUCGUGGCCUUUGGAGUGUACCGCCGCUAGCUGCUCUCUUAUUGGCCAUGCCUUCUGUCCGCGGCUGGGGCGGAGCUCUCUGUGACCUUGGAGCCGACCGGGAGUCUAGCCGGCGGGACAAAACGGACGCUGAUAAUUAAUGUUUGUUUUCCUGUUGCCAUGGGGACGCUGCGUGUUAAUGAGGACUUUAAUUUUAAUUUUUUUAGAUGACAUGUUUCUCUGUAGGUUUCUCAUCAUCGUGCCUCUUUUACUUUCUGGUUCCUUCUGGUCCUGAAGGAACCAGACCAGAACCAGACCACAGAUCGGACCUGUCUGUUCGUCUACUUUGUGUCAAUGAGCGCUUUGGAAGAGAGAGAAAUUCUAUUAAAUCAUUUAUUUAUCUU